CCAGCUGCAGCAGCCAUGGAGUGACACGCUAUCAAACCGCUAACUUUUGCAAAACUUUCAUUUUGUUUUAUAUUUUGUUCUUAAAACGACAGUCAUCGAAGCACUAAAAUGGCAAAAGAUUGCACCGCUAAAAGUCUGGAUAAAAUAGAUCUUUCCUCUCUGAGGGAUCCUGCUGGAAUAUUUGAGCUGGUUGAAGUCGUUGGAAAUGGAACAUAUGGGCAAGUGUACAAGGGGAGACACGUCAAGACAGGACAGUUGGCUGCAAUCAAGGUCAUGGAUGUUACAGAGGAUGAAGAGGAAGAAAUAAAACUAGAAAUUAACAUGUUAAAGAUGUAUUCCCACCACAGAAAUAUUGCCACUUAUUAUGGUGCUUUUAUUAAAAAGAGUCCUGCGGGCCAGGAUGAUCAGCUGUGGCUGGUAAUGGAGUACUGUGGAGCAGGCUCAGUGACUGAUCUGAUGAAGAAGACCAAAGGGAAUUGCUUGAAGGAAGACUGGAUUGCCUACAUCUGCAGAGAGGUUCUUAGAGGCUUGUCACACCUUCAUUUUCACCGUGUUAUCCAUCGUGACAUAAAAGGACAGAAUGUGCUGCUGACGGAAAAUGCAGAAGUGAAACUGGUUGAUUUUGGUGUCAGUGCCCAGCUAGACAAGACCAUUGGCAGAAGGAACACAUUUAUUGGUACACCCUACUGGAUGGCUCCUGAAGUCAUAGCCUGUGAUGAAAAUCCAGAUUCUACUUACGAUUACAGGAGUGAUCUGUGGUCUUUGGGAAUCACUGCCCUGGAAAUGGCUGAAGGAGCUCCGCCUUUAUGUGACAUGCACCCAAUGAGAGCUCUUUUUCUUAUUCCAAGAAACCCUCCGCCCAAACUUAAAUCAAAGAAGUGGACAAAGAAAUUUUCAACCUUCAUAGAGAGCUGUCUGGUUAAGAACUAUCAGCACCGACCUUCCACAGAAACCCUUUUGCGGCAUUCGUUCGUUAAGGAUCUGUCAAACGAACGGCAGAUUCGAAUUAUGCUCAAGGACCAUUUAGACAGGACCAGGAAGAAGAAGGGUGAGAAAGAGGAGACGGAAUACGAAUAUAGCGGCAGUGAGGAUGAAGAGGAGGAGAUGAAUGAAGACGAAGGAGAGCCAAGCUCCAUCGUGAACCUGCCAGGAGAGUCGACAUUGCGUCGUGAGUUUCUCCGGCUGCAGCAGGAGAAUAAGAACCGUUCCGAAGCCCAGAGACAGCAGCAGGUUCAGCAGCAGCAGCUCAAAGACCAGGAGAAAUAUAAGAAGCAGCUUCUGGCGGAGCGCCAGAAGAGGAUCGAAGAGCAGAAAGAGCAGAGGAAGAGGCUGGAAGAGCAACAGAGGAGACAGCAGCGAGAAGCUGGCUACCUGUGGCCAGAGCUGCAGGAGAUGCAGUGGAGAGAUGAGACUGAUAAAGACGAGAAAGGUUUCCUGGAGGAGAGGCUGAAGUUUCCAGAGGAGCACAGGAGAGGAGAAAAGAAACAGGUGGAAGACUCAGGAAGACAGAAAAUUGAUGGUGGUGGUAGACCUGCUGACUUUCAGAGAGAUAAGAAAAAGUCAGAGCCGCUUCAGCUGCAGAAUAAAAAAUUCCACCGCACUCUGCCCAAAGACCAGACCCAGCUGCUUUUGCUUCAGCACGAUCACAAGCAGAAAAAUAAGGAGACCCAGCAGGUUGCUAGUUCAGGACCUAAGAGCUCAGCAAAUAACCAACGCAAAGUGAUUGAUGAGAGAAUGAAAGCUGCUGAUGCUCAUCGUUCAAACUUGAACCGCUUUGCUGCUGGUCUGCCUUUGCAUUUACAAACCAGACUGGGUUCUGGGAGCAGCUCAAGUCCAUGCACACCUGCCCUGCAAAGGGCCUCCACACAACAGAAUGCGAAUCUCAGACUGAGCAGAGAUACGCAGCACAGCAGCUCUAUGUCAGAUAUGGCCAUGAGUCCACUGUCUCCGGAGCAAGAUGAUGUUUUCUGGGAUUUUUCAAACUCUGAGGAACUACCCCCCAAGGUUCCAGAACGAACAACAUCAAAGUUUUACUGUAGAGAACUUUCAAAUCACCAGAAAAAUUCCAUCAGUGGCUUCCAGCAGCUGUCUUUACUAGACAAGGUGGCAACGCCGACUUCCCCCCUCAGCACCAGUAGCUCAACCAGCAGCAGUCAGUCAGGUUCGUCUGUUUUCACAGAGGAACAUAAGAAAGGUUUUUCAAAGAUGGACAGCCCUCUCCCACAAAAUCGUCACCAGCAGUUCAAAAAGUCACAAGAUGGUUGCCCAGGAGUGCCAUUUCAGCACCAAGUAGCAGUUCAUUCUUCUGGGAUAAAAUCAAACCCUGGUCCUUUUGUGAAGGCCACAGAAUAUUCAUCAUCCAGUGACGAAGUUGGCAGCAGCGAUGACGAUGAAAGGAGCCAUUUCCGGCCCGUGAUGAGAAAUGGGAAAGGGAGAUUUUUACGAACAACCCCUGAAGGAAUUGUAUUGCAGCCACACUGCAAUUUAAAUCAACAACAGCAGAAUGUAGCUGACCUAAAGAGUAGCCACCAGCAGAGGGCGUUAGAGUUAUGCAAUCAGAAUUACCUUCUCCCUGAUCUCCUACAGCAGAGUGAGAACCCCGAGCCCCAGAGCAGGCAGAGAGACUCCCACACUCCUCAGUCUCCACAGAACCGAGUUCUCAGCCUGGAUAGCCCCAUUAGCAGCCCUCCAGGAAAAAACAGCACCUCUUCCUCCUCUUCCUCUUUCACUCCCUUCAUUGACCCUCGACUCCUGCAGAUCUCCCCACCCCAAAGUCCUGUGGGGCAAAGUCCCAGUGGCUGUAAGGCAGAGCCAUUCCGAAGGGAGAAUGCCAGGAAAGGAUCUGUGGUCAACGUGAAUCCCACCAACAUUCGUCCUCAGAGUGACACCCCCGAGAUCCGCAAAUACAAGAAGAAAUUCAAUGCCGAGAUCCUGUGUGCUGCUUUGUGGGGCGUGAACCUGCUGGUGGGCACGGAGAACGGGCUGUGGCUGCUGGACCGCAGCGGUCAAGGGAAGGUCUACUCCCUCAUUAGCAGAAGACGCUUCCAGCAGAUGGACGUACUGGAAGGACUGAACGUGCUCAUUACAAUUUCAGGUAAAAAGAACAAGCUGAGGUUGUAUUAUCUGUCGUGGCUUCGGAACAAGAUUUUGCGCAACGAUCCUGAUGUGGAGAAAAGGCAAGGCUGGACAUCAGUGGGAGACUUGGAAGGGUGUGUGCAUUACAAAAUUGUGAAGUACGAAAGGAUCAAGUUUCUUGUGAUUGCCUUGAAGUAUUCUGUUGAAGUGUAUGCAUGGGCUCCAAAACCAUACCACAAAUUCAUGGCUUUUAAGUCCUUUUCUUCACUUGCUUACAAGCCUUUGUCAGUGGACCUGACUGUGGAAGAAGGAGUGAGGUUAAAGGUCAUUUAUGGCUCAGUGUCUGGUUUUCACGCCAUCGAUGUUGAUUCGGGAACUACCUAUGAUCUCUACCUGCCAACACACAUCCAGGGAAGCAUUCACCCUCAUGCUAUCAUCAUUUUACCCAACUCCAAUGGCAUGGAAGUGUUGGUGUGCUAUGAGGAUGAGGGGGUCUACAUUGACACAUAUGGGAGAAUCAUUAAAGAGACCGUGUUGCAGUGGGGAGAGAUGCCUGCCUCUGUUGCCUAUCUCCAGUCAAACCAGGUCAUGGGCUGGGGUGACAAAGCCAUCGAGCUGAGAUCAGUGGAGACGGCAAAUCUAGAAGGAGUCUUCAUGCACAAGAAGGCACAAAAAUUGAAAUUUCUUUGUGAAAGAAAUGAUAAGGUCUUUUUUGCCUCAGUCCAGUCGGGUGGAAGCAGCCAAAUUUAUUUUAUGACACUUGGGCAGAACUCCCUAUUCCACUGGUGAAGGAAGAGAACCUAGCAGAGCACUGGAGACAGUGCUCCCUAGAAGACUUCUUGCAACAGACAGCCAGUUUCUCAUCCUGUCUAUCCUGCAGUUGAUUCCUACAAAGCUGAAGCAUAGACACACCCGAGUCUCAAUAAAACAUUGCGCCAAAAGAUCUUUUAAAAAUGCACAGCUGUUCUGAACAACCAUAAGCAUUAAAGUGCAUAAACUUAUAGUCCUCCCUUAUGGAGGACCUUGGCACAGCCAACUAGUACUGUAAUAAGCAUUAAUACUUUCCUUAAGUUCUCGACCGCAGGGCCACAAAGUAUAUAUUGCUGUAAUUGGUAUGUAGUUUGUGCAAUAGUUAAAAAAGCAGUUUGUAAAGCACUAGAUAUAUACCUCAGAAAGUUCAGUUAAUUAGAUAAGAAAAAUUGCAGAUCCACUGUAAGUCAAAAAUCUAUAGUACAUAAUGAGUUAGAAAUGUAUGAAGAAUGUGCAGUUUGUGAAUUAGGUCUGAGAGUUAAGGUCUGUUUUCACCAUUUGCUGAAAUUCAACUGCACAAAGGUCUUAAAGCACUUCCAUUUAAAUUAUACACAUUUAAUUGAAACUUAAACAAAAGAUAAAUUUAAACUUGCUCUUGCUUUAGUCCUUAAUCUAAGGUUGCAGUAAUGGAUUACAAAACAAUUUUAGUGUAGCCUUGCAGUUAUCAUUUAUCACAGCACAGAGAUUAGGUUUUAUGCCCAUAGUUUAUCAAUUAGAGCUAUUUAAUUACUUCUAAUUAGCAUUAGCAAUGCAAGGCAUUAUGAGUUAGUUAGCAUUAAGAACAAAAAAGCAUUAAUACAAGUUAAAUCAUUACUUAGUUGGAAAUCGCUGUAGACAACUAUAAUAGGAUCUAUGAAGUUACCAGACAGCAUUCUAAAGUAUGAGGCAGUGUAUUGCACUGGUUUAUAAGGUAAACAUUUAAGCUACACUAGCCCACACCAAGUCUCUUUGUACAUUCGCAAAUGUACAUUUUUUGCACUGUUUUUACACAUUAUAUUUUAGCUGGUUGACUCCUUGUAUAAUGAAGUGUUCUUAAUAGUUUUGUCUUUUUGCACUGUUAUAAUGUAUCAUUUUUAUCUGAAAUCCUUUAUCUGUAGCAGUGCCGAUAUAAAAAAAAAUAAUAUUAUUUUAAAAUGGUAUUAAUUUUAAAUGUCUUCCUAAAUAUUCUACAGUAUUACUGAAACAGAGAAAAAGAUUGGAACUAGGGAAAGCUGUCUCUCUGGUUGAAACAAAGUGAAGGCACUUUAUUACUGUAUCUGUUUACUUCUGGAAAAGGAGACUUUUCGGAAAGGAUAAUGAAGUGCCAUUAAUUACUGCAGAACGAUGAAACAUUGUUAAAAACCACAGAGGUGACUGAGAACGACUUAUUCAAUUUUGAAGGAUUUAUCUUAAACUGAUAAUUUUUCAACAUAAAUCAGUCUAAAUUUGCAUGGAGUUCAUUGUCAAAGUGCAAGCUGUUGAUUUUUUUUACCAUUAGAGCACAAGUGGCAAAUCGUAUUAUUGUUAUCAUUACACGUUUCGGUUUCAUACAAUACUGUAUAUAUCAAUGAAGGCACUUAAGAUGCUUAAUCUAAGAUAAAGCAUUUUAAAUUUGCUUGGAAAAAAUAGUCCAUGUUAGUUGAUGAGAAUUAUAGAGAUGAUCCAUCUUCUAAGAAAAAAAAAAUUUUCACCAUUUUAAUUUUCACUUUAAGAUAAUUGUCAUUUAAGGUGCAUGAAGUGGAUUGUAUUUUAUGUUGAAACAUUCGCUUGAGGACAACACAGUUUGUACUACAGUAUGUGUUAGAUAAAACACUCGUGAGUUGUACAACUGAGCAAGGCUUUCGAUAUGUAACUUUAAAAUUUCACUAUGGACUGUGGGUUUUUUUUUUCCAAUUGAAAAACUGUUAAAUACUAUGCUUUGCCACUAGGUAGAGCACAACCUCACACUUCAUAUUAGUAGUGAAGAAAAUGUUUUAUGUACAGGUGGAUAAUUUCAGCAGCUGGUUCUGUAAGUAUUUAAAAGCAGUAAAAGGACUCUUUAUAAGACUUGUGUUUAUUAACAUUUUAUUUUAUUACUGACAAGUAUCUCUAUAUUCACUGUAAAUAGACAAUGCUGGUGCUGGGUCAUGAUCAGCCAACAUAGCAUUUUGUUUGCCAUUAGUGUUCUGAGGUACUGAAAUUAAAAUUCAUUAUUUUUUAUAAAGAUGCACCAUGCUACAGUAGUUAUAGAAAUGGAUAAAAAUUAUGAAUUUAGAACAACUCUGAUUAUCAGACCCUUCAGGUGAAAAUGUAGUAUUAAGGGAUAGACUUCCAAAUUAAGACAAAGUCUUAAAUAUCUGUAUUCACAGCAAUGUACCAGCUCCAAUGCAAUCUAGUAUACAGUGGUUCCCCUGCUUCCUUCAGGGAGCCAAAUGGAGGCUGGUUUAAAAUCAAUUGAAAAGAAACUGAAAAGUAAAAAUAAUCAUUUUAGUUCAUAGGGUAACAUUAAAGUAAAUACCCUUAAGGAUAACCGUGCAUUAUAUUUACUUUCCAAAAACAGUUAAUUUAAAAUAAUUCUAAUUCUAGAUGAAAAAUGCUGUGUGCAAUGCUGUAAUGAUUUUGUAAUGUAGGUAAAUUUACUACUGCCUCAGUACUUUUAAUAGACCUGUUGCUUUUCAUUGUUCUGAAUUAUUUUUAAAAUAUCUGUAAAAAAAAAGAUAAUGGACCUUUAAGAAAUAUGUUGAAUAUGUUAACAUAAAACCAGGUUUAAAGAGUACUUCACAGGAUGAAGGAGAUUUUGGCGAAAUUCUGAGUGAUGUGAUAGGUUUCCUGCUUUGAAAUGGUUGAAUUAACUUCUGCAAUAAAAGGAAAAAUAUCACCUUUGUAGAAAAAAGUUAACUUGAUGGCAUUAACGUGUUUUGUAGAUGUGUUAGAGAGGAACUGUGUAUGUUGAUGCAGGAUUUAAGGCAGGUUAGAGGAUUGUGGAAUAAUAAAAGGUUGUACCUCUUUGUUUCUAUUACAUUUUCCAUGUUUAAAUUAAGUGUUAGUGUUCAUUAUAUUUACCUGAACUGAAGAUGCAACAAUCUCAUUCAGCUUAUCAAGUCUGUUUGUCUAUAUUUUUUAGUUAAUUAAGAGACUUCAAAGUUAAUGGCUGAGACCUGCUGCAUAUUUGUACACUUAAACAUAUUGUUUCAAUAAAAAAGUUGAAUUAAGUAACUGCACAACAGUAAAGCUCCAUGUUUUCCAGCAAUAAUUGAAGGGUAAGAUUACUACAGUUAAAUGUUUUAUAUACUGUAUGUGACUUUGGGGAACUAAUGUAUUAAGAGGUUUCCUUGCUUAAAAAUGGUUUGCGGGUUUUAACAUUGGAGUUAAGGAAACUGAGAACUUGAACAAAAACCUAUUUUAAAAAAUCAAGCAUUAAAUUCAGUGAUUGAUUUCCUACCAAUAUAAAGUAUUGUGUAUAGGACAAAGCCAUUUUAAUUAAAUUAUCAUCAUUUACUUGAUAUUGUUUUAAAAUUAUAAUCCCAAAACUUUUUUGUUCUCCUCAAUUUGUAAAAAUUGUUAUAAAAGUUUGUGCCGAGCAUAUCCAAAAUGUCAUGCACUAUUCCUAUUAAAUCAGGAAAACACUUUUGCGGGUGUUACCAAUAUGUAAACAGCAGUGUGUGAAAUAAAUCUUGUUGAAAGUUA